AUGACGGAAGAAAAGCCGCAGAAGCUCAAACUAAAGCGGGAGCUGGGGAUGCUGGGAGCCGUGUCCCUCAUCGUGGGGACGGCGGUCGGAUCUGGGAUCUUCAUGACCCCACAGACGGUGAUCAGCUCCAUCGGGAGCCCCGGUGCCAGCCUGGUUAUAUGGGCGUCUUGCGGCCUGCUGGCGAUUCUGGCGUCUUUCUGCUACGCCGAGCUCGGCACAGUUAUAAAAGAAUCAGGGGGCGAGUACAUCUACAUUGUGAGGACUUCAGGUCCAGCGCUUGCCUUCAUGUUUAUCUUUAGCUCUGUGCUCCUUGUGAGACCUGCAGGCAUUGCUGGCAUAGGACUGAGUUUUGCUACCUAUGUUGUGACUCCUUUCUACGGAGACUGCCCCCCUCCGGUGCUGGUGGUGAAGUGCGUGGCCGCAGCGGCAAUUAUCACGCUCGCCAUCGUGAACUGCAUGAAAGUUCGCUUUGCAAUGUCAAUCCAAAUUUUCUUUACUGUAGUCAAAGUCUUGGCUCUGGCAGGGAUUAUCAUAGGAGGUGUGGUGAUGCUUAUCAAAGGCCACACUGAGAAUUUUGAAAACUCCUUUGAGAACACAAAUGUUGGCGUCAAUUCAAUAGGAAUUGCUUUCUACCAGGGGCUGUGGUCAUACGACGGCUGGAACAAUCUGAACUCAGUGACUGAAGAGUUAAAACGUCCCGAGGUGAAUCUUCCUCGGGCGGUGCUGAUAGCCAUUUCUCUUGUGACUACUUUGUACCUGCUGGUGAAUGUGAGCUAUCUGGCAGUAAUGACGCCUAAAGAGCUCAUGUCCUCAAGCGCGGUAGCAGUUACCUGGGGGUAA